AUGGCGAGUAGUAACGUAAGUUAAUAUAACACGGUUAAAACAUAAACGGGAUUUAGACUUUAAAGUGCUCAAAAUUAUAAGAAAGAAUUUUCAAGGCUAAAUGAUUCUUUUAAUGAAUUAAAAGAUAAAAUAUAAGAUGCUUAGGGAACAAAAUUUACAUUUUAUAGAUUAAAUAAAUAAAAGAAUGAAUAAAAGUAGCAGAGGUGUAACAUAUAAAUGAGCAGAGAAUGUGGUACUGUUUCAAAAAGAAACUAAUCAGCUAAUUAUUAUGACCCAUCAUCAAUAAGUAAAACCGGAGAAGACAUACAGGUAUCAAGAAAUGAAAUUUUUAUUAAAGACUUGAGCGAAAGUGGAUAAAGAAGUAAGCGAAUAACAUCCUUAAAUAGAGGAGGGAUGUAGUCAUCAAUAGCGGGCAAUAAAUCAGGAGAUUGUUAAUAUUGCUGUGGUUAGGUUAUUCAGUCUAAAUCAGGUCUGCCUAUAAAGAGUUUUAAUACAUUUCUCAAUGCAAAAAAGCAAAUUAAUGAUAAUAAUAGUGCUGUCUUCACUCAAAAAGGUUGUACAUGUAAUAAUAAUGAUAAGUAGAGGUCAAUAAUUUCUCCCUACAAUCCUUAACUAGACGAUUCAAUAAACAUGGGUUACAACAGUUAGAAUAUUUCGAUGAAUUUAAUGAACAAUGGAAAUUUUACUAAUAGCAGUUUGAAUAAUAUGAAAGUUAAAGUGAGCUCCAAAGCAGUUGUUAAUUCGCUAUUGAGCAUAUCUGCUAAGGCAAGGUCACUUAGCAUGAAUAACAACUAUGCUAAUAACGCUGGAUCAAAUUAACGAGUGUAAAAAACUAAUCCAACAACAACUGGAUGGAAUAUCCAUAUAGAUAAUCAUGACAAAACUUUGCUGAGUGCUUUAGAUCCAGAUGAAAUAGAAAAAAUUAAAAAUUCUGCAGAGUUGAUACACACCUUAUCUAUUGACACAAUUUUAGAUUUAUAUACUGCAAAAUGCCAAGAUAAUUAGAUUGAAUACAUUCCUGAAUAGGCUAUGAAUUUCAUAAUUAAAUUUAAAAAGACUUCUAAAAAGAGAUAGCUCAAAUUGUAAGAUUUAUCAUUAGGAUCUAAAUCUGCUUACUUAAUAUCAGAAAUUUUAAAAGAAAGUGAUCAUUUUUGUAGAUUAUAUUUAGAUAAAAACUAAGUAGGAAAUUAAGGUGCCUACUUUUUAAGCGAAAUGCUAUAAGUCAAUUCUUCUCUAAUACAUUUAGAUGUGAGUGGAAAUAACAUAGGUCCUGAAGGAUUUGAGGUACUUUUUAGGAGCUUAAUUUAUAAUUGUACACUAAUAUCUUUAGAUGUAGCAAGCAAAGACGGGUUAAAUCGCAACAGGAUAGGAUAAAUAGGAGCUGAUUAAUUAGAGAAAUUACUGAGAUUUAACUCAUCUAUAUAAUUUUUAAAUUUAUGUGGUACUUCCAUUAAUAAUGAUUAAUUAAAGCUAAUUAUGAAAGGACUAAACGAUGGGAAGUCACUUACUAUGAUCGAUAUCUCUUAAAAUGAUUUAGAUUCUAAUGCAGCUGAAAUAAUAGUCUCUAAUAUACAAAAUUCAAAUAUUACAGAAUUAUACAUGUCUAGUAAUUAAAUUGGAGACGUAGGGCUUAGCUAUUUCUAAGAUGUAGGCUUACAUUCUAAAUUAUAUCCUUUAGAAACCCUUGAUUUAUCUCAAAAUAAAAUUACUACAAGAGGAUUAGCAGGAUUCUUUUAAUCUAUGCACAAAAACUAAAAUUUACACAAACUUAUAUUAAAUGAUAACAAUUUUUAAGGUAUUUAAAUGAAUAAAAUUGCUGAAUUUCUUCAUGAAAAUACAGGAAUUCAGCAUUUAUCAUUUGAGAGGUGUGAAAUUUAGCCAGAGGGAGUUAGCAGUAUUGCAUAUGGAUUAGAAAAAAAUAAAAAUUUAACCUAUUUAAAUUUGAAAGAGAAUAAAGUAAGAAACUAAGGAGCUAAGAGCUUGGCAGAAGCUUUAAGUCAUAAAUCGCACUUAUAAGUAUUGGAUUUGAGCUUAUGUAAAAUAGAAGAUGAAGGAGGAAUGGCAUUAGCAGCAGCUCUGACAAAGUCAUCAUUGUAUUCUCUAAACUUGAGAGAGAACAGUUUGCAUGAUUGCGUUGGUGCACUCAUAUGCAGUAGCUUAGAGAAAAAUACAUAUAUUAGGAAGAUUAAUGUAGAAAGAAACCCAAUUAAUUACUCAUACUAAGAAAAAAUAAAAAAAUCAUUAUAAUAUAAUUAAAGUCUUUUUGAGUCUAAAAAAAUCCCUAUGUUCACAGAUAUCUUAAAUAAUAUGAAGGGAAAGCAAAAAGAAAAUGAGGACUUAGAUGAAUAAUAAGUAAUGAAAGGAUAGUAAUAUGAUUUUCUUUAAUCAUAAGUUGAUAAUUUAAAAUAAAAACUAUAAAAACUCCUUCAUGAGGAGGAAGCUAAGAUGAUUCAGGUAGAAGCAAUCAAAAAAGAAGUUUAGGCAGAGUUUGAUUAAUAUGAAAAAGCUAUUUUGAACCAAAAGAAAGAAUAAAAUUAAUGGCAUUAAUAAUAUUAAGAAAAUGUUGAAGAUGUAGAAAGAAAAAUAAAAUAAUAAAAUUCAGAUAAAACAAAGAUUUUACAAGAAAUAGCUGCUCGUAAAUAGUAUAUUGAAAAAAAGAAAGAAGAGCUCCUCACUUAAAAAUUAAACUAGCAAUCAAAGUUAAGAGAGGCUGAAACUCAAACUAAACAAAUAGCAGUAAUUACCUCACAAAUAUAAGCAAAAAUAGAUGAUAAAAAAUAGUAAAUUCUAUAAAAAUAAUAAGAAAUAUAAGCAUUAGAAUAAUUGGAAUAAUUAGAAUAGGAGCAACCCAAAGAAAAACGUUCUUAACAAGGAUUAAGAGAAAUAAGCACAAAAAAAAAUAAAAAAUGA